AUGCAAGAAGGAAAAAUUCCAACUGUCCUUAUUAUUGGGGCAGGUCCAGGAGGACUUACUCUUUAUCAUGCUUUAAUAAAAAAUAAAGAUAAAAAAGAAUUUAACGUAAAAAUCUUUGAACGUGAAGCCAGUCCUACUGACCGAUGGCAAGGCUAUUUUAUCAGCAUAAACGUUCGUGGGGCAAAGUCUCUUAUGAAUUGUGUUCCACCUUCAAUCGCUUCAAAACUUUCCAAAGCAAUUCCGAAUCCAAUUCCAGAUGCAGAAUCUAAUGGAAUUACACUUACUGAUGAUACAGGAAAACGUUUAGUUAGGCCUCCAUUUAAACAAGUUAAAGAUGUUCAUGAAUUGGCGAAAGUUCCUAAAGAAAUCUCUGCUAUUAUUUCUUAUCGAGAUAUACUUAGAGAAGUUUUGUUGGAAGAUGUGCCAGUUCAAUGGAAUAAAAAAUGUGUUGGAUUUGAAGAAACUGAAAACGGUGUUUGGGCGAUUUUUGAGGAUGGUUCACGAGAAUUUGGCGACAUUCUAGUUGGUGCGGAUGGGAUUAAUUCUCCAGUUCGAAAACAAAAAAUACCCGAAUUAAAAGUUUUCGAUUACGGUGUAAAUAUACUCAACGCAAAUGUUGCCGUUCCUAAAAGUCUUAUGGAUAAAUCAAUUAGAAUUCACGGCAAUUCUUUAAUUCAACUUUCUCUUGGAAUAAAGGGUGACUGGACAUUUAGUCUUUUCCGUUUAAUUCCGGUUGAACAAGAUCCAGACCAUAAAAAUGAUUCAGUCGAACCUCAUUAUAAAGUAACACUUAGUUUUGCUUAUCCAUCGAAAUUAGAUAUUGAAGAAUCAGAUAAAAUUAAAGUUGACGAUAAAGACCCAGCAUCAGUUAUUAAUUAUACUAAACAUUUAAUUCAAACUUUAAGACCAAAAAGUGAGUUAACCGAUAUUCAAUUAAAAUUAUGGGACUAUGUUCCUAAAACAGCUCCAAAUGAUCCAGAAAAAUAUCCAUUUAAAACUUAUAAUCCUACACAACGAAGAAAAUUACAAGAUCUUGACCCAUUAUCCGUCAAUACUUGGAAAAGCAGCCGAGUGACAUUAUUAGGGGAUGCUGCUCAUGCUAUUAAUCCUAUAUUUGGAUUGGGAACAAAUAAUGCUAUUAAAGAUGCAGAUCUUCUUUCUCAAGCAUUGCUUAAUUAUACUCCAGAAAAUUAUAUUUCUUACAUCCAAGAAUAUGAAAAUGAAAUGCGAGAACGAAAUUCUGCCGAUGUGUUGAGAGCUAGAGCAUUUGUAUUAAGACAAACUCGUCCAAUUGGAUUUUUUGGUAUUAUUAUUAGAAACACGAUUAUGAGGAUUAUCAACUUUUUUAUGAAUUUAAAAAGUUAUAAGUAA